AAGAUUGGACAUAGGAAGGUGGUUAAAUCUUUUUUGUGAGAGAGAUAGAUGGACAUUGAUUAUGAGGUAUUUCCGAGGAAAGAAAAACAAGUGGAAAUCUCAGUGGCUGCUCAAUGCAAAGGAGUCUAAUUACUUGUAUUAAAAAAGAAUCUAUCUUGUUCAUCUUCAUCUUUUAUAAAUAAGUGAAGGAAGUUGGUUCAUUUGAGAUCCAGGAAUCACCCAUCACAUGGUGCCACUUCAGGAAUCCUUAAGCAAGCACAAGAGGCUGUCUGAAGUGUAGCUCAUAUCAUAGAAACCAGUGUGUGGGACUGAGGCAGCUUGAUAAUGGGGCCAUAGUGAUGUAACAGAUGAAAGGCCUUUCAUGAGCUCCAUGAUGAAAGUUGAGGAUACUUCUGCAUCAGGCAUACUUGCUUGUAAUGUGACGGUCCAUGCAUCAUGGAACGCACCUCCGUCCUAAAUACAGCAAACCAUCAUCACCACAACAGUCACCACCACCAGCAACACCAGCUCUCCCCAACCCAUCAACUCAACCACCACUACCACCAACAACCGACACAACCCAGCCGCACCAUGCCUGUGGACCCACUCUCACGACGCUUCUACCAUGGCAGGAUCACAAGGGAGGAGGCAGAGGCACGGCUGCGCAACGCUGGCUGCCAUCAGGGGAUGUUUCUCCUGCGGGAGUCCCUGGGCCGGGAAGGGAAUUACGCCCUCUCCUUGUGCUAUAAAGAUGAAGUCUACCACUAUGCUAUUGAGAGGCAGUACGAUGGUACAGUAGCCAUUAAGGAUGGUAAGAACUUUGCAGGCCCUAUUGAACUUGUUACAAAUCAUAUGUCGCGAGAGGAUGGGCUAUUGUGCAGACUUCAAAGACCAUGCAACCUUCAGCAUGGUGAAACUCCAAGGGCUUUCAGUGACAUGGAUCAUCAGCAGAUGGAAGGAGCGAUGAUAGCUCUUGCUAAAAGAGAAGGGAUGGCUCCUGAUGUGAUUGAUAAAGCACUCCAUUCUACUCAACGUCCCCAGCUUGAGAGAGCAUUGAAGAAGAUCAUGCAUCAAGAUAAGGCCUGGUUUCACAAAAGACUUUCAAGGGAAGAAGCAGAACAGAGGAUUGUUUCAUCGGGUCUUCAGGAAGGAAAAUUCUUAGUACGAGAGAGGACAGAAGAGGGGAGUUUCGCCUUGUCGCUGUGCUACAAUAAUUUUGUAUACCAUUACAAGAUUGAUAAAGAUAUCACUGGUCAACUCUCCAUCAAAGAGGGACCCAAAUUUGAUAGCCUUAUUCAGAUGGUUGACCACUACCAGUUGAAAAAAGAUGGUUUAUUAUGCUGCCUUCUUGUCCCCUGUAAUGACACAAACCGAGACACCCCCACUAGGAGGCGGCACUCAGGUGCAUGUAAACAGUCAGAAUAUGAACAUGUAGACGAAGAUGAUAACUACAAAAUGUAUUCUGACAUUCCACCCCAGAGAGCUGGUGAUAGAAAUCAAAGACGAAUUGCUUCAGAAGACGGAGGUGGUCCUCCAACACCAGUCAGACCAGCCCUCUCAGUAUCGGUGUCAAGCCCCCCUGGUAUCAGGUCUCAUCUGAACCCCUCUCCUACCCCACCCGACAGGGCCAACUCCACCAACAACAUGAACGAUCUCCACCUUCCGCACAUGUCAAGCAGUCACGGCGGUUGGGAUGAGCCGGAACAUGAAGGUGAGACAUCGAUCGAGGAGUUUAUACUUGUGGAGGAUCUUCCAUCUGCACGGCCAAGAGAAUACCAUGACGAUGAUGACAAGAUUUACGGAGUACCCAAUGACCAGGAGAAGCUGUAUGACUACCUUGCCAAGACCAAGACUACCAAGAAACUAGACUCGUCCUGUCUAAACCUGGGUGAUAUGUUGGGCAAGGGUAACUUUGGAUCAGUAUUAAAAGGCACCUGCAUGGUCAAUGGUCAGCUGAUACCAGUAGCUGUCAAGACACUCAAACCAAACUUAUUGCAAGAUCAUCAAGAGUCUGAAAUAAUGAAAGAGGCAGAACUGAUGGCAGUCUUGGAUCAUCCACACAUAGUAAGGAUGAUAGGUAUAUGUCAUGCUGCUGAGAUGAUGUUAGUACUGGAGCUAGCUGAGCUGGGACCUCUUCAUAGAUACCUCAAAAGACAUAAGGAAAUGAGUACAAGGAAUGUAUUAGAGCUGAUGUACCAGGUUGCACAAGGUAUGUGUUACCUUGAAAGCAGACAGUUCGUCCAUCGUGACCUCGCAGCACGAAACGUUCUUCUCGUUGACGAGACCUUCGCCAAGAUCAGUGAUUUUGGCAUGUCCAAAGCUCUAGGACUUGAUAACCAGUACUACGUGGCAGAAACUGCUGGCAAAUGGCCACUGAAAUGGUAUGCGCUUGAAUGCAUCUAUAAAUUCAAGUUCAGCAGUAAGAGUGAUGUAUGGAGCUAUGGUGUCACGCUAUGGGAGGCUCUGUCAUUUGGCAAGAAACCAUACCCGGGAAUGAGUGGUCAGGAUGUAGUGGAGUACAUCCAGAACGGAAACCGAUUAGAUCAACCAGAGAGAUGUCCUGAUGAUGUGUAUCAUCUCAUGUUGAAAUGUUGGGCAGAUGAAGCCAAGGAUCGACCAGGCUUUAGAGAAAUUGAGUCAAGCAUGUCAGAUAUUCUAAAACGCCUGCAGGCAGGGACCUUGAAGAUGAGACCUAGACAGUUGCCUGUCGCCUAGUGACUCGACUAAUACUCUGUGACAAGCAAAAGGAACUUUAUGAAGAUGGUUGGGGAAACCCUGACUCUUUGACAUAGAGGUAACAUAGAACAGGCAUGUACAUCAGAUCAGGACUGCUAAAUGGUUUUCCAAUUAGGAGUAUCCUCAAGAAUGGAAGACGGCAUUCCAUCAGGAGAGUUAAACUGUAACUGUGCUUGAGAAACACCAGACUUUAUUCAUGAGAACAUCUGUGGGCUGUACGAUAUACAUAGGUGUAGUUGAAAGGAUUCAAGCUAUCAUCAAGAACUCCUGGAGUGGAUUGAAUCAUGUAGGAAUGAGAGACAUUGUGGUAGGUGUUCCUCAGUAGAAGGUCUCUCAACCUUGUGAUGCACUCUGAUGCUUAGUGUCAUCACGAAAUAAUUUAUUUUUUAAUGAACGCACCAUUCCAUCAGAAAUGAGGAUCCGAGCAGAAGUAUUUUAUUCCAGUGAUUCCGAUUCAAGGUCUUCUCUCUCUGAUCAAAGACUGAUUUGUUUUGUUAAUGUAGUAGGAGGCUGCGAUAUUAAAACCCACCUGACCAAGUUCACAUUGGAACAGAUCUCUCUGAGGUAUUUUUGCAUCAUGAGCUUGAAAUAUCAGAACUUAAUACUUCACCUUCGUUUCAAAACCAAGGAUUCACUAGUUUCAUUAUUAUUAUUUAUUAUUUGCAAUAACAUUGAUAUGAACUAUAGGUACUCACGUGGUGGAAGAGCAAAUAUGAUAAAGGCACUCAGUGAAAGCUUAAUUGUUCAUGUACUUGUAAAGUGAAUGAUGAAAGAAGAAAUGUAACAUCUUAGCCACCAGAAUAUAUGUAUAAAAUAUAUUUAUAUACUGUAUAUGAGAUCAGCUAUGGAUGGUGAUAAAGUAUAUUAGAGCAUUUCUGACUCGUUCAAAUGUAGAGUAGCUAUAUUUAGAUCAAAAUCUGUGUAGUGUAUUUACAUUGAAGAGAGGAUUGUUUUUUUGUUCAUAGGGAAAGGUUAUAUCUUACAGUAGUACUGUUUAUGGAAAUUUUGAAUAUUUCAUUCCGUUUUGGGGGUUUUGAUUUGGGAAGGGGGAUGGGGGAAUGAAAGCCUACGGUAGUAAGCGUUACCAAACUUAUACUGGAUUUAAGAAGAUGUCCGGCAUUGGUCCGGUGGUAGAUGGACAACUUGAGGCAUCUUGUCAGAAGUCAGAGCUGUGUUUUCUGGAGGAAAGUCACAAGUAGCUUUUCAUGAUUAAUUCUCAUAUUUCAUUGUAGAUAAAACAGUGGGGGAUGCAGGAAACCUGCUAUGAUAAGGUGUAUAGACAAUGGCCAAUAUUCUGACGUUAGGGCCCCGUCUUACAAAGAGUUACGAUAGAUCUGAUCAAUCGUAACUAUGGAAAGCCAGCAACAUCAGCAUCUUAUAAAUGCAUGUUUAUUCAAAAUAUUUUCUAGGGAUAAUGUAUAUCCAUAAAUUCAUUGUUUUCUUGACAAUUUGGAGUUUUCCCCUUUGAUUACAAAGGACAUUUUGCAAAUUUUCUGAAUAAAAAAAUAUGACACUGAUGGAUUUCCAUAGAGUUACGAUUGAUUGGAUCAAUUGUAGCUCUUUGUAAGACAGGGCCCAGGUUUACCUUAGACCAUGGUCUAACUUUGCUAAAAUUAUGGGAAGCCAAACGUUUCAAAAUUUUGUUUACAGUGAUUGCUUCUCAUGUUUACUGUGCUCUUUACUAAUUCUUUAAUGGUGAAGACAACUGUCGUACAAGUACUUAUCCUUCCCAGGUGGUAAAUAAUGUUUUGGUAGUCAAAUGAGCUGAUACAUUGAACCUCUACUGUUAGAGAUUUAUGUAACAACUGGCUUUCCAUAGGCAAACCACAACUUAAAACCAGAGUUUAAUUUAAACCCGAGUUCAGAAUACGGGCCAAUGACACCGUUCUCAUCACAUUUUCUAAAACUAGUUUACUGGAAAUCGGUUCAGGAAACCAAUUUGGAAGAUCGCUUUGCUAGUGUUCCCAACUUCCCACUUGAUUAGCCAAAAUUGGUUUUCAAAAACACUUCACAUAAAGUGGUCAUGUUACCAUGGGAACGCUCUCAGUGGGGUGACAUGUUUCGCGCAAAAUUUGAAACUGCAGCGUAGGCAUUCAACAUACAGUGUGUGAAGUAACUUGCUUAAAAUGUUUGAAGAUUGCUUCCCGAAGAACAUUUGUGUCCUCACGCUAAAACCAGUUUUACGAGGCAAAGCGAUCUUCAAAACUACAUUGCAAGGGGGUUUUCUGAACCAGUUUGGAAGACUGCUUCUAAGACCGCUGCUACUGUUCUCAUUACACGUUAAACUAGUUUCCACUAAACUAAUUUCCAGUAAACUAGUUUUAGGAUGGUAGUGAAAACGGUGUCAAUGUCAGACUUAUGACAAGGUGUCUUUAAUAAUGUACUCUGGCCUAAAUAUGUCACAUAAAGAUUGUCAACUCUGAUCUAAGUGCUAAACAGAUAUCCACCAUUACUUCUUCCAGUGUGAACAGUAUUUCAUUUGGCCAUUUUUGUACUAAUUAACUUUUAAAAAAAAAGUAUGGAAUUUUGAAAGGUGUUGGAUAUAAGGGCAAUUUUGAUAUGGUUUUGAAUGCCUCAAAUAAUGUAGUGUCUAUAUGCCUUUGUGUUAGUGCCUCAAAUGUCAGGGUGUAAUUUCAUCUAUUUCCAUCUAAACACAGUUUUAAAUACACUGUCCCUCGAUCACAUUUGACCUACUCCAAAAUGAACUAAAUAUAUUUACAUUAAAUAUUUGAAUAUUAUCAAUCCCAAGAGGCCAGCACUAAAUUAUACCAUUUAUACAAACAAUAUGGUCCGUAUUCUCAAAAGAGGUUUCAGUUGUACCAUGGUACAAAACCAUGGACUGUGCAGAUUUAUUUCAUUAACAUGCUUCAUUUUAAGCGCACUUUGCCAAAAGCGCGCAUUUCGAUGGAUUCAACUUUGUGUACGCGAUGAAAUAAGCGUAAUUUUUUUUAAUCUGCAUAGUCCAUGGUUUUGUACCAUGAUACAAUUGAAACCUCUUUUGAGAAUACGGGCCAAUGAGUAUAGUUCUCAAAAUUAAUCCACAAUUUAUGUCCUGAAUAAUUAUAGGGAGCAUUCAUCAAAAAUGCUACAUUCCAUAAGAAUGAAUGUCAGUAUUGAAAAUGUGACUUAAUAAUUGUUACUCCAUAGUGACUAUUAUACACCCCUGUUAUUCAUCUGGUAGAGUUUUUAUGUUAAUAUAUAUGUUUAAAGAAGUGAUGUAUGUUUGGUAUUUUUAUGAUUAUUCUUUUUUUUUAUUUUAUAUAGUUCUAUUUUAUACAUCAUGUAGAGUUUAUGAUAAAUGCAGUUAACUGUCUUUCAAGUAUGGUGAGUAGUGAUAUCAAUUGUAGCAUUAUCAAUGAUAUUGAUGAGAAUGGAGGAAAUCAAAUAAAAGAGAACUGUGUUAUUUUGGGGGGUCAUCCGUCAGCUGGGAAACGCUUAAUCAUGAAUGUUGAGAAACUUUGGGAUGCUUAACUCUUUUUUCACUCAAGAAUGCUAGAGCUAAUGUUUGAAAAAUCUUCAAAGUCUUCUGACUUUCUUGCAAUAAUGAUCUUCCUGGCAUUACUGUAGUAUUGAAAGCUUGCCAUUCCCAAAAGCAUUUGAUAAAGGAACAAGCAAUGUAUACGGUAAAUGUUAAAUGACUAGGUUAAGUGUUGAAUGAAUAGUGGUUAGGACUUUCGUCUUUCAAUCUGAAGGACAUGGGUUUGAUUCCAAGCCAUUGGGUGUUUUCUUUCUGCAAGAAAUUUAUCCACACUGUGCUGCACUCAACCCAGGUGAGGUAAAUGGGUACUGGCAGGAAGCAAUUCCUCAAAAAGCUGUGCACCGAAAUUGGUAGACUAGUUUAGCCGGGGUAAUAUAGGAGCGCCUUAAGCACCUAGCAAGAUGGAUACGUGCGCUAUACAAAUCCUAUAUUAUUAUUAUCUGGGGGCGUUUCAUGAACACUUUCCAUUUGUCAAGCUGUCAAAUCUGGCAAUUUUUCUUACCUUCGAUUGGCUGAAAAGCAUAGUUGUUUGACCAUUACUAUGGUAACUGUCAGAUAAUGACAACUUGUCAAUGCUGAUUAUCACUGCUGAUAAUUUUCUUGAAAUGGUCCUGCAGUAUGACUUAGAUUGAUGGUUUGAAAGCAUGGAUUAUAAUUGUUGCCAGUCCUCCAAGUAUUAAAGAUGUGAUAUCCCUGAUAUGUUGUUAGUUUGUUUGUAUAACAGGUCAUGUAAACCUGUAUAGUGUGAACAGUCUGAUUUUAUGUGUGGGAACAGGGUUUUAUGUCUGUUCAAACCCAACAGAAAACCCCAUUGAAUUUAAUUCCCUUUUUUGUGUUCAUCAUAGUACAUGUAAUUAAAUUCCAUGAUGUUACAGGUCCUUUACAUGAUAUGCUGAAGAUGAAAAUAAAGAAAAGCUUGCAGCAAGUCUCUUAGAUUGUACAUAUUGAUGUAAGCUGCAGCACGCUAAAUAUGUAAAUAUAUAUAUAAUCUAUGGUACUACAAAGACAUUUGUUAAGUAAAUUGACAAAACAAAUGUGAGAGAAUUUUUAUGAAAGCAUUUGUAAUUAUAUAGUAGAAAUGAAGAUAUAUGCCCGCUUUGAAAAACAUUUAUUUGUGAAAAUGUGAUAUUCUGUUUUUUCAUCUUGUUCUUAUAAGCUGGGGGGGGGGUACAAUGCACUUUGCAUUAUUAUCUGCAAUGAUUCAAAUAGGAAUUGUAUUUCAGUCAUCUUGAUCUUAGUAGAUAGAUAAGAUUAUUUUAGUCCAAAGCAAGUGCUGUUUUUUUAACGUACAUGAAUAUUGUUAUAAGAAUAUAUGCACCAAACGUUUUGAUUUUUGUGUGGUAGCUUCCCAUCAUUGAUUAUAUAAGCCCUAUGCACAAGUAAUGAUUGUCAAUGCAUUGUCACUGACACUAAAACCCUUUAUUCAUUUGAUAUAUCACAUCAACAAAAAAUUGCACUUGUCAGUAUUAUACCACUUAUAUGAUCAAGAGAGUUUUAAUUCUUGUUUUGAAUAAUGGAAAGAAGAUGAUACGAAUAUUAUUUUUGUUAAAGGAGAAUGAAACUCUUGGAGCAAGUUAGCUUUUGUGAAAGCAGAAAAAUCAAAGAAUAAGAUCAACAAAAGUUUGAGUAAAAUAGGACUAGCAAUAGAAGAGUUAUGAGCAUUUGAAUGUCGAGAUCACUAAUGCUAUGGAGAUCCUCCCAUUGGCAAUGCGACCAAGAUCUAUGAUGUCACAGAUGAACAACUCUCCCCUUUUGGACGCUGAAAAUAUUCCCCAAAACAUUUCUUUUUGCUCAUUCUAAUCAUAUGACAAACGAUUCAUCAAUGAUAUAAUGUUGUGAAACCUCUGUACUUGUCCUCUCAUAUUAGAACACCUCACCUUGUGAUAGACUCUAUAAAAGUGAGAAUAUAAGUGAAAUAAGUACUAAAGUAAUGAGGAGUUGUACGUGUGUGACAUCACAGAUCUUGGUCGCAUUGCCAAUGGGAGGAUCUACAUGGCAUUAGUGAUCUCAAUAUUCAAAUGCUCAUAACUUUCUUAUUAUUCAUUCAAUCUUCCUCAAACUUUCAACAAUAUGUUUCUUUGAUUUUUCUCUUUGAUAUGGAUUCAGCUGGUUUCAAGGGUUUCAUUCUCCUUUAACAGAAAGUCUGUUAAUAUUUUUUGCCCUCUUGAUGUGAGCUUGAUAGAUUGAGAUGUGUUGACCUAUGUAGGCCUACAAGUAUAAAUGAAUACAUCUCAUAAGAAUGUUGCUACUAAUAUAAUUGGAAUACAUGAGUGUAAUUGUGAAAAUUAAUAUUUUUUUCUUAAAAAUUCUCUAUUUUUUAUUAUUUUUUUUCUGUAGGUAAUGUGGAAAUUAAAUAUGAUGGGGCUCAAAUCAUGCUGUGUUUCUUAAAUAGCAGCCAUAUUAGACAAGUGCAAUUCAGUCAUUUUCCCCUUAAAAGCGUAAAGUAAUGCAAUUGAAAAUGCUUUUCAUACCAAUGGCAAAGACUUAUUUUUUGUUACUUUUUUUCUUGUCAACAGAAGUACUUACAUCCAACAAUAUUCAUUUUAUGGAUAUCCAAAUGAAAUAAAAGAUAGAUAUAUUUAUAUAGUUAUUAAUAUAUGAGGACGUGUGCAUCUUUGUAAAUGUAAGGGAAUUAUUUUCAUACAUUAUUGAAAUGUAAUGUUAUAGAAAGGAAUAGUAUAUUUAGAACAGUGUAUUUGGUAUGUUUUUUUCUUAGUUACUGUGAGGUAUUUUUAAUUAAAGAUAUUUGUAUGAAUUUCAACCUUAAUUGUUUGGAAAUUGAAUAAUGUAGUAUUGAUCCACAUGUAUAAUUUUGCUUUCAGAAAUGAGAGUAAACUUGAUAUAAAUAAUUGUCAGAGUUAAGAAAAUGAUAUAGAUGACUUAUCACAUUUUAUAAUGACAUAGGUUAUCAUGUGUCUGUGAUAUGUUAUGAAAAUAAAGCCAGAACAAAAAACUCACCCCAAAUUAUUUAGUGUUUCAAAAAAAGUGAAAUAUAAUUGGUGAUAAAAAACACUAUCGUAAAUUCAUGCCAUACACUAACAUGUGUUUAUAUUAAUUUCCCCAGGAGAUUUAGUUGAUGAUUUUUCAGUCACAGAUACCUUGAAAGUGUCUGAAUGAAUUUGAUUUUUUUUCUUCUUGGUUGUUUCAUCUUUAUGAACAAAAUUAUAUACAGCAUGAAUCAAAGUUCAGUAUGUUUUUUAGAUGUUACAUUUGUAGCAUAAGCCUUUAAAAGAAUUUAUUGAUUUAAUCAAUGCUGACCACCUUUAUGUGUAGGUCCUUAAGAUUUUCCACCUUUAUGGGAAUUAAUACCAGUUAACAUCUAGUACAUGUUAGGCAUAUCCAUAUGUUGAUAUGCAUAUUAUGACUUUAAAAAAAAGCUCAAGCAACAUUUUUAAUCUCAAAUAUUAUUUAUCCAUAUUGAUAAGAAAUGCAAUAGAAAAAUAUUGGUACGAUAAAAUAGAAUGUGCACUGUUAUAUAUCAACUGCAAGCACUCAUUAAACAUUCAAACUGAUGAAAAAAAAUACAAUUAAAGCUAAAUAAUAAGCUUCAUUAAGAUUGAAAUUGUCAAGUGUAACAUGUACUUACUAAAACACAUUCUAAUCUUCGUAUGUUCAAUUUGUCAGAUUUAAGUUGCUAUGAAUUAGGUGCUCACUGCUCACAUUACAUUGUGUCACGUUUAUUGAUUCAAAUAUGAUUUGUUUCAUGUAACUAGGCGAUCAUCUUCUGUUAAAAAUAUCUGUCUUUGUUAGUGGUUUAUCAUAUGAAUUUUGUCGGAGCCAAUAUGUAUGUUGUGUAUAUUAUUAAGAUAUCCAUCAUACAAUACUUAAAUGAUGUUACUGCCUUGGAACCAUAGGGUAUUAUGUUCAUAAAUGAAACUUGAAUAAAUGAGAUCCAUGGAAAGUGUACUUUGACAUAAAUACUUUAAUUAUGCAAAUUGUUAUAAUGUGUGAUCACAAGCAGAAAUUUAUUUGUAAACUUCUGUUGAUUAUAUCAAUGCAGGUUUUUUUUAAAAUCAUUUCCAGUGAGUUAAAAGGGUUAACUUUGAUGAUGCAAAGUAAAAUUAUGUUUGAUGGAAAUCAAGGUCUUUGAAUAAACCAAUCGUAGAACAUUUUACAAUAAAA